CCUCCCAGACUUAAAAACUGUUCGGUCUCUUCUCCCAAACUUAGAGAAGAAAUCCGUUCACAUUCAUUGCUUCCCAACUCCCUCAGCUGCAGAGAUCAACUCCACCAGAAUAUUGCUGGAGGGUUUAGCGUCUCCGGUAUCAUUGCCGUCGUCGUAGGCGUUGCUUCUACCUCUAGUUAUGGGUGAUUUAGAUUUCAGUAUCGAAAUCCAUCAUGGUGGCAAAUUUUUUGACAGUGGACAACGAUUAGAGUAUUUAGGAGGAAUGGUUGUGGAGGAUUUAUAUUUUGAGGUUGAUGAAUGGUCAUUGCAAGAGAUUGUCAGUCAGCUAAAGCAACUAGGGUAUAAGGGUUUCGCUAGGGUCUGGUACAAGGAACCUGGGAUGGAUUUGAAGUCAGGUCUUAGAGAGUUGAAGUCCGAUGGGGAUGCGAUGAGAAUGGCUAGGUCACUGGUGUCAAAUUCCAGCAAACAUUGCGAGGUAUAUGUUGUCGAUGGAGCCAGAGAAAGUAAGGGGAUUAAGAUCACUUCAACUGAUGCUGAUUAUGUGCCAGAGGAAGGUGAAGACAGUGCUGAUGAUGAUGGGUUGCCAGAGAAAAGCUUCUUGGUGGGUUGUAGACCUAUUAUUGGCAUGGAUAGAUGUCACUUGAAGGGCGACCAUGGACAGCAGCUGCUAGUUGCUGUUGGCAGAGAUCCAAAUGAUAAUUACUUUUCGAUAGCCGUAGCUGCAGUAGAGGCAGAUACUAAGGAUAGUUGGGGGUGGUUCUUGGAGAUGCUGUUAAAUGACAUUGGAGAAUCAAAAAAGUGGGUUUUUAUGAGUGACCAACAAAAGGGGCUGAUGCAAAUCUUUCAAGAGGCAUUGCCAACAAUGGAGCAUAGGCUUUGUUUGAGGCAUUUAUAUGCUAACUGUAAAAAAGCAUAUGGGGGUGGUACUGUACUAAGGGACCUAAUUCUGUCUAUUGCCAAAGCUACCUAUGUGGAAGAAUGGGAAAGAAGGAUGAAUCAACUAAAGGAGGUCAACAGAGACUGUUAUGACAAGUUGUUUGCUUUGGAUCCAAAAUUGUGGACAAAGAGUCACUUUAUAUUUCUGGCCAAGAGUGACAUGCUGAUGAACAACAUCUCGAAGGCAUUCAAUGGAAGAAUCCUAGAGACAAGAGACAAGCCAAUUCUGACUAUGUUUGAAUGAAUUAGGUG